AUGGCAGCGAAAUCCGAUGGUCGCGGGGUCGUCACGGGUUUCGCCCAGCUGCACAACCUGGACGAGGUGGUGGGGACGGGGGAGGACGACGCGCGGAACGGCAGCUCAUUCCAUAUCUGCCACUGCUGCAACACCUCGUCGUGCUACUGGGGCUGCCGGAGCGCAUGCCUGCAUUACCUCCGGAGGAAAGGGAAGGAGAGGGAUGCAGCGCGACCACCGCAGGAGGAGCGCCUCUGGCUGGACUGCCUGUGGAUCGUCCUGGCGCUUCUGGUCUUCUUCUGGGACGUGGGGACAGAUUUGUGGCUGGCUGUCGACUACUACCACAACCAGAACUUCUUGUGGUCAAGCCUGACCUUAUUCUUUGUGCUGGUUCCAUCGGUUUUGGUCCAGAUCUUGAGCUUCAGGUGGUUCGUGCAGGAUUACACUGGGGGAGGACUGGGCUCCGUAGAGGGGCUGAGCAGUAGCAGAGCAGUAGCCACUUUUCAAAGGGACAGAUGCUGUCGCCUCUCUGUCUGGGUCUGGCAGACCAUCGUGCACAUCUUUCAGAUGGGACAGGUGUGGAGGUACAUUAGAACCAUGUAUCUUGGUAUACAAAGUCACCGGCAAAAGGAGAACCAGCGGCGUUUUUACUGGGCGAUGAUGUACGAGUAUGCUGAUGUCAACAUGCUGCGACUGCUGGAGACCUUCUUAGAAAGCGCUCCUCAGCUGGUGCUGCAGCUCUGCAUCAUGAUCCAGAGCAACAAGGUUGAAAGGCUGCAGUGCCUUUCUGCUUUGUCCUCCCUAUUGUCCCUGGCCUGGGUGCUAGCGUCUUACCACAAGCUCCUGCGUGAUUCGCGUGACGACAAGAAGAGUAUGAGUUACCGAGGUGCCCUGUUGCACCUCUUCUGGCGCCUUUUUACCAUCUCUUCACGGGUGCUCUCCUUUGCCCUUUUUGCCUCAGUUUUUCACAUCUACUUCGGCAUUUUCGUGGUGCUUCAUUGGUGUGCCAUGGCUUUCUGGGUCAUCCAUGGCGGCACUGACUUCUGUAUGUCCAAAUGGGAGGAGGUACUGUUCAACAUGGUGGUUGGCGUGGUCUAUGUCUUCUGCUGGUUCAAUGUACGCGAGGGACGGACGCGGUACAGAAUGGUGACCUAUUACACAGUUGUACUGUUGGAGAAUGCCCUCCUCACCUCACUUUGGUAUGCGUACCGCGACCCAGCCACCACUGACGCCUAUGCCUCUUUUGCCCUCUGUGGCGUCUUCCUGUGCUUUGCCUCUGGUGUGGCCUGCAUGGUUAUCUACUACGGCGUCCUGCACCCCAUGGGUCCCCGGCUGAGGGUGCUGGCCAGUUCCUGCUGUGCUGAGCUGCUAUGGGGCCUUCCGUUGCCACCUGAGGCCGAGCCCAUGGCUCCUACACCUGGGCCUCGUGGUUCCCAGGCUACUCCUACACGGGGUUUGGUGGGGGAGCACAUGGAAUCAGACGAAACAGCCACAGACACCUGCCUUCCAGUUUUCCAAGUGAGGUCCACAGAGCCUGUGGAUGCAGCUGGUAGACCCAUCCAUCCUGAGGGUCCUCUUAUCAAAAUAGACAUGCCUAGAAAACGCUACCCCGCCUGGGAUGCACACUUCGUGGAUCGGCGCCUACGCAGGACCAUAAAUGUGCUACAGUAUAUUAGCCCAAAUGCAGUGGGCAUCAGGUAUAGGGACGGCCCACUUCUUUAUGAACUUCUACAGUAUGAAUCCUCGCUCUGAAGACUUCUAGCGUUCUAUCACUAUGUUUCCUUUUAUUCCUAUACCCUCUUUUCCCUUCUUUAGACAGUAUACUUCCACCCUCCAGUGAGUUUUUCUUCUCUCUGCUCUAUGAUCAGAAAAUUAUCCAACAGAAGAUGUGGUUUGAAUAUCUGUGAGGACAUCCUACACACACUGUCAGUUUAUUUUUGGAAAAAAGAAAACAUGUGACACAACUAGAAAAACUGCAAACCAACAGUAUCUAAUGUGAUAUAUACAUAUGUUUCUUAUAAACUCCUCUACGCGGACAGAGGAGUCUUUUAUAUGAGUGUGUAGAUAAAAAAUGAAUGUUUCAUUAUGAAAUGUGUUGAUGCAUUAUACUGUAUUGGUGAUUUAACCUGUGAAUAAUUGUGAAGGGCAUACUGUAUGUCCCUGUGACAAGGGGACUGGCACAAAGCCUGAUGGGAAUGAUGGAGGAGAGUCACAGUGGGGUCAGGAGUGAAAUUUUACUGCCAUUCUUUCUGCAAAUAACUUAAACAAAUGACAGUGUUUACAAAGUCUCAACCCCAAGAAUAAUGAUAAAAGUGAAGCAGUUAUUGAAAAUUACAACAUGAAACAAAACCAGAAAUGUUCAACAUACAUUGAAUUUGAUUUCUGCACACUUGCAUGGCUCAUUACCAUGCUGCUUGUACUAUUUCUGCCAAAGAAAAUAAUCUAAUCUGCAUGGUAAAAAAGCACACUGACCUUCAAUCUGCUAAAAUAAUUUUUUACAGUGCAGUGUCCUCUAGUGGGAGGUUGCAGUUGUUGCAUGUGUUACACAGGAUUAUUAUCACACAAUAUCUGAAAGACUUGGGGAAUAGUGCUUUUUUUAAUUGAUAAGAAAAGAAAUUACUGUUACAACAUUCCAUAGACCGAAAAAGUUGUUUUUUUCUGUUGUUUUUAUAAGAAAACUGGAAGGGCACACACUAAAGCUCAAAGACAACCUUCUAGGUUUCCUCCACCAUUCCCUUUUGAAUCCUAUAAAUUAACCCUUGUAAAAUGUUUUUUUUUUCUUUUUUGUUCCGCAAAAAAAACCCUCUAGGUUAAUUAAAAGCAUAUGCUUACUAGAUAAAAAUGCUAGUAAAAAGUUGUAGGACAAGCGAUGGAGAGUUUGAGAUAUUUCUAUGAUCCUAUACUCUUGUGUGUAUUUGUGUCCGUAUUUAUAGUUACUGACAUAACUAUAUUUUACCAGAACACAAACUUUUUUACAUAAGAAGCUACCGCAAUGUUUAAAGGUGUAGUCCUUAACAUCCGUAUGGCCUCAAAGAGGCUACACUGGUGUGUGGAUCUAUAGGGCCACUGCUCUGACACCUGCCGAGCAGCUGAAACAAAGCCAAAUCCUAUGUAACAGUACUGUCUGCUUCAUUUAUCCCGCCCAAUGUCCUAGCUGAAUGAGUUUGUGCAACAAAAAAAAGAGUGCUAUAUUCAGGCUGGUUAUAAAUUCACAUGAGUUGCUCAGCAGGACUCCAACACUGACAAACACAAGAUGAUCACUGUAUCUUGUGCACGCCUUCUAAAUCAGAGGAGCUUCAUUAUAAUUUCCAGAGAGGGCUAGUGAACAAUUCAUGAGAAAAUUGUAUAUUAUCUGUUUUUUUGUUUUUUUCUUGUGUAGUGUUUGGGAUCAUUUUACUAUGAAGUACAUAAAUGCACCCAACAUGGGAAGAACAAGAGCCUUUUACAUUACAGAGAUGACUUUUUUCUGACUUAUUGGCUUUCUGCUUAGCUGUGGCUUCAUGUGCCUGCGAACACCGUACUGUAAAAUGCAGAAUUCCUGUAAGUCAGGUUGAAGGUGAAAGAGGGUUUUUUGCCAAGGAUGGAUAAGACGUGACCGGGGGGACUGACUCAUCGGUGUUGUGAUUGGAUGUGAAGUAGCGGUUUCUUAAGAAAAAUGCACUGUUUUGGUUGUGUACCGGAGUGUCCUCAGCCCUCGUCUUUCGUUUGACUCCAUCCUUUGGUUGCUGCUCUGUCCUCUUUCUAAUCUCUGGUGCUCUGGGCCUUGCCGCACUCCCACUGUCUAGUAAUAGAACAGCAGGGUUGAGGCUGAACAAACAAAAGAUCCUGACAUGAGAACAUGCAAUGAGUUACACUGCCAAAACCAAAAGCUUUCAGCAUCCAGGGUCUGUCAAUUCUCAACUUAAACCUCAGCCCUGAGUAAUUGAAACCUGUUUGGUCAGUUGGGACAAACACACACAAACACUAUCACUACAUUUAUAUAUGCAAACAAUCAGUUUGCUCAUUGUUUAUUAUAGUAGACAGCAGUUCCUCUCUUUUACAGCGAAUAAACAGCCAUGUUAAUAGUUUGUUGAUAGAAGAAAAUGAUGAUUAAACGUUAACUAUUGAAAAAAAUGUAACAGCCAAUGCAGGGGUUCCACAGAAAACUGCUAAACCAGCUGACUCAGGGGUGACUCAGUGCAGUUCUCAUCCCCAGGCAAGUUCUUAAGAGUCUCCAUUCUUUCCCCUCACAAACUAAAUCCUCUCCUCAUCUGCGAUAUUGCCACAAAAUGCAGGUUAGUACAUUUGACUUGUCUAGGAAUUGACGUUGGGGUCUAGUUUGGUGGUAUUUGGCUGUUCAGCGUGCAGUGCAUCCCGUCUAAAGACCACUCAAGCUUUCCACACAUGUACAGAUCAGGUUCAAAUACACUGUGAUUCUUCUCUUCUCUUUAGCGUUUGUUUGUAAACGGGACAACAAUACUCCACAGACCCAUAAUCCAGUGGACUGCUUCAGUGGUUUUUAAGUGCAAAAAACGAAUGAGAUUAAAAUGUUUAUAGGACAUACAACGUUUUACAUGCAAUUUUAUGUAUGCUACAACUACAAUUAUGCCACAUUUUGUAUCUAAGUCAGAUGCGCCACACCGUAUCAACCACAACACAACAAGAGCAAAUGUCGUCACUUCUGUCCUUGUUGUGCCUUGUUACUUUGGGUGCUUUUAUCAAGCCAUGGCAGCCACAUCCACAAACAACUAUGGCGGUUUGUUUUUUUACGUUUUUUCCCCCACGCCAACUCUGACUUAACAAAACCAAACAAAAAGGAAUUCCCAAAUCAGAUUCUCAGUUCAUUCACCACACACUCUGUUUGUUUUUGCUUUUAAUCCCACAGCUACUUCCAAGAUGUCGUUUCAGGACUGUUUCUAGUAAACUUCCCAGUGUUUAAGCUUUGUUAUAAUCACAGAUAGUUGGGCAAUCCCUUUUUUUAAUGUGUUGUUGAGUUUAUGAGGUUUGAUUAGGGCCAAUCUCUCCAGUUCCUGUUGAAUCAGCAAGAUUUAAAGUGCAGUAUUGGGAACCCCAAAGGGUUGUUUUGAUGAAGAGUUAUACAAAACCUGCCAACCAUGACAACAGAUUUUUUUGGCAAACGAUUGUUUUAAACUUUUGUCUAUGCCUUUGAAAUCUUCUUCUGUACUGCAUUUAUGACCAACUUGUGGUGCCAAGAGGUAAAACUUUCGUGUUUUUCGUGAACAGCACUUUCUGAAAGACAAUAAAGACCUAAACGAUGUGGGAGAACCAUAAGGCAAAAUGUGAAAGAAAUCUGUCAGGUUUUAUUUCCUCAAAAUGGAGUGGUAAAACUGUUGAUUUUCUUUCAAAGAACCUCAUGUUACAGUCUCUCUUCCAGAAUACAGCAUGCCUCUUUGAAAUCAUUGUGAAGUGACCCUCGAUGUUCAGCAUGUUAGUGCCCCCAACAGCACAAAAGAUCUUUUGAUUUCAGCAUUAAUGUGUAGCAAUAGGCAACUGAAGUGUUUGACCUGGUUUAAGUCUCAACCUUUUGUGUCGUAGUACGAUCAAACAGUAAAUCUGGGCUUUUCAAAAAUAAUUUCACUCUUCUUUCUUCCUCAUGUUUUGCCAAUAACCUGGUGCUGAAUAAACAUUCUAAAGGUGCUACAACUGUGGACUGCACAUGCCUACUUUUUGGCUCUCUGAAGGCCUCCUGGUUGACUGAGAAAGCCUGCAAACCUCACUACCUUGCAGUCUCAGAAAGCUCCACAGCCAGCACCUCAAAUCCACAAUGUUUACAGCAGAACUAAACUAUCAAUGGUGCCACUAUUUUCUUUUUUGUUUUGCAUAAAAACAACUCUUGCUCUACAAUAUUUGUUCUCCAUAAUAGUUCGAAAUUUUUUUGAUCAUGAUUUGUAAUUUUAUGAGGCUGGCAGAUGAUAAAUACAUGUUUUUAGCUAAGCCACAGAAGCACUCAAGUACUUCUGCCAAAGGGAUUUGGGUUAAAAAAAAGUAUAGAUAGAAUGUGAUUGGUGUGUGUUGUAAAUUUCUGUCCUUUACAUGUCUUUUAUCAGUGUGUAUCUUUUUUGGUUUAUUUUGUUGUAGAAUUGGCUGUAACAUUUUGUUGGACUCAAUAUUCUAAUACGCAACUACAUUGUCUUAUUGGUUGCGGGUUUUUGGAAGUGUAAUGAAAGAUGUUGGGAAAUGUGGCUUUGUUUAUAUUCUCUCGAUUUAUUGAUUGUGUUAGCUUGUUGGUGUAGUUCUCAAAUCUGUUAAGGUAUUCUUCAGGCUAAAUUCGGGCUUUUCCAAAAGUUGGCAUAAUGUAAGAAAUGGAUUUCUGCUACAAAAUGUAGACUCCUUAUCAAAGUGGACUUUUACAGCCUAUGUUGUAAUUGAUCAUAUAAAAGGAAAGAUUUCUUUAUUGUCAAAUAUAACAUGUAAGUCAACAGUUUCAAGGAUUUCUUGUUCUUAAAAAAGGCAAACCUGAUGUCCAGUGUUGUACCUGCUCCCUAUUUUGAGAAUAAUAUGAAUAUUAUUAAUGACAUAUGGUGCUAAAGUUCUUUUUGUAUGUUUUUGGUUUUUAGACAAAAAGAAAAAUAUUAUGCUGAAAAAUGUAAUGUUUAAGCCUUACUGUAGAUUCAUAUAUCAGACUGUUCAUCCCAGAAGAGAAAAUAAAUAUUAAGUAUUUGAAAGUGCAAUAUAA